AUGGGUUAAGCUUUAGCAUGCUGUAAUGGAGCACAAGAGUUCUUCGAAUUCACUCCAUAAACUCGCAAGAUCUACUUCUCUUCCAAUGUCCUACAAAGCAAUAGGAAAAUAGUUCAGACUAUUGAUACCCAAACUGACUAUAAUCAAUCAGGGGCAAGAGCAGUUUUCAUUUCAAAAGAAGCUUUACCAGGGGUAGAGGACAACUAUAUUAUGAAACAGCAAAAGACAAUGAGAAGAGUACAGCAAAACAGAAGCAUGUCAAACAUAAAUGGACCAGGCAAUCAAGAUGCUAGCAGAAAUUAUUAAAAUAGUUUAAUGAACUAAGAAGAUAAGUUAAAGUAUAUCGAGUAGGUUGAAAAGCAUAUGACAACCUUUUGCUUUAAUACCUGCUUUAAUAAAAAGAAGUACGUGCUGGACUUUGAAUGCGUGUCUACUUGCUAUAACAAGUACCUGUUCGCUUAAAAGACUAUAUUUGAGACAAUAGUAGAACAAGGGAGAAUCGUUUAGUCAGAUUAUGUGGUCAAUAGUGAAGGAGCAUAUGCCAGAGAUAGGUUUUUCGACGCAGCAUUCCCUAUAGGGGGUCAUGAGAUGCCAGGACAUGAAACCAUUCCCAGAUUUAGAAAGUUCUAUGAAGCAUAUUAAUUCUCUCCUCCUCGCACAUCUGGAAGAUGA